AAGCCAUGCCGGGCGGGUAUUAAGGCAUGCACUGUACUACCACAUAUCCUGUGCACGUACGUCAGUAAUUCAUAAUUGGGCCUGCGACAAAAUGGCUGGACAAUACCGUUUGGUGGUAGUGUUCCACCGGCAAAAUUUCACCAUCUUUCGCCCGGUUUUCCUGCUGUUAGCUUUCAUCUGUUCUACCAUCCUGGCCCAAGAUUCUGCUGUGCCCUGCUACGACGGGAAUGGCCGUGCCCAGCGCUGUCAGCCCGAGUUUGUGAACGCCGCUUUUGAGCUGGAUGUGGAAGCAACCAACACCUGCGGGUUAUACAGAGCCUCUCGAUACUGCAGACAGACCGGGGUAACGGGGGCUACCCGGGCCUGCUCAUACUGCGACGCCUCAUCCCGUCGGUUCAGCCACCCUCCAAAGUACCUGACUGACUACCACAAGGAAAAGAAGAUGACCUGGUGGCAGAGUGACACUAUGUUUGAAGGAAUUCAGUUUCCGAAUUCUGUUAAUCUCACCAUUUCACUAGGCAAAGCGUUCUCCAUAACAUAUAUCCGUCUUAAGUUUUACUCUGCACGGCCAGAGAGUUUUGCAAUCUACAAGCGCACUAGCCACGAUGGUCCUUGGAUCCCGUACCAGUUCUACAGUGGAUCUUGCGAAACAACCUACAGGGUUCCAAGAUCUAACUUUGCUCCACCUGAUGAUGAGACUAGAGUACUCUGCACAGAUGACUUCAGUGAUAUCUCUCCACUGACAGGUGGCAAUAUAGCCUUUGGUACUCUUGAGGGUAGACCAAGCGCCUUUAACUUUGAUGACAGUAAAGUGCUACAGGAAUGGGUAACAGCGACAGACAUCCUUGUCAUGUUGACCAGAUUAAACACGUUUGGUGAUGAAGUCUUCCAGGUACCAGACGUACUGCGUUCCUACUACUAUGCAAUCUCAGACUUCUCAAUCGGUGGGAGAUGUAAGUGCAAUGGUCAUGCCAGUGAGUGUAUCAACAGCACAGGAAUAGAUAGUUCAGUGCGGCUUGUGUGCCGCUGUGAACAUUUCACUGCUGGUGUGGACUGUAACGAGUGUCUACCAUUCUAUAAUGACCAGCCAUGGAAGCCAGCUACAUCUGUUGAUGCUAAUGAAUGCCAAGCUUGUGACUGCAACGGUCGGUCCAACCGCUGCUACUUUGACCGAGAACUUUAUGACCGUACUGGGCAUGGGGGUCAUUGCCAGGAUUGUGAGGGGAACACAGAUGGUCCAAACUGUGAGCGUUGCCGUGACAACUACUUUCAAACUUCCUCUGAUGCUGUUUGCCAACCAUGCAAUUGUGAUCCAGUUGGUUCCUUGAAUCUUCAGUGCAACAGCCAGGGACAAUGCUCCUGCAAGAUCGGAGUAGGUGGUGACAAGUGCAACCAGUGUCUGCCCAACUACUAUGAUUUUGGUGUAGCUGGUUGCAGGAGUUGUGAGUGUGUGGUAGCAGGUAGUGUCAACAAUGAACCAAGCUGUGAUAGUACUUCCGGAUUUUGUAACUGUAAGGUCAAUGUAGAAGGGCGUAGAUGUGACAGAUGCAAAUCAGGUUACUUCAACUUGCAGGAGGAUGACCCCUUUGGAUGUAUGUCCUGCUUCUGUCAUGGUCAUUCCUCUGACUGUUCCUCUGCCCCUGGGUAUGAAUUCUCCUACCUGCAGAGCAAGUUUAAUACAGAUGAUGAGGGUUGGCGAGCAAUGGGUAGAUAUGGUCAGGAGGGUGUUUUGGUGUAUAACAGCAUUCGCAGAGACAUUGGCAUUGCCUCUGACAGCAAUCGUCCCUACUACUUUGUUGCAUCAGCUAAAUACCUGGGUGAUAAACGCUUGGCGUAUGGCCAGGAUAUGACCUUCACAUUUCGUCAUGUGGGGGCAGAGCCAAGCUUGACUGUGGAGGAUGUUAUUUUAAUGGGUAGUGGAUUGACCAUCUCAGCACCCAUCGUGGCCCAGGAGAACCCCGCCCCCAGUGUCUUGCCUCAGAAGUACACUUUCAAAUUGCGAGAGGAAGAUGAGUUAGGUUGGGUACAGAGGCCCUCAGCAUUUGAUCUACAGCGUCUGCUGUCUAACCUGACAGCUGUCAUGAUCAGGGCAACUUAUGCUGAGGAAGCACAAGGUAUCAUUGACAACUUUGAUUUCCCAACUGUGCGGAGGGCUGUAGGCCCAGGAGCUGAGCGGGUAGACUUUGUUGAACUGUGUCAAUGCCCUGUGGGAUACAUUGGCCAGUUCUGUGAAUCUUGUGAUGGCAAGUUCCGCCGGGAUCCCCCUGGGGGUGGACCAUAUGCUCAGUGUAUCCCCUGUGAGUGCAAUGGCCAUGCUGACUUCUGUGAAGAAAGCUCAGGCAUCUGUAUCUGUCAGGAUAACACUAUUGGUGAUCAGUGUGAACGUUGUGCGCCCGGUUUCUAUGGAGAUGCUACCCAAGGUGGUGAUGAUGACUGCCAACCAUGUCCAUGCCCCGGUGGCAGUGAGUGCAUGCAGAUGCCUAGCACUGGGGAGGUCAUGUGCACAAACUGUCCUAUGGGAUAUGUGGGUAACCGCUGUGAAUUCUGUGCUGAUGGUUUCUUUGGGGAUCCUCUUGGUCUUAACGGGCAACCCAGGGCCUGUACUCCUUGUCAGUGUAAUGGCAACAUUGAUGAGAAUGCAGUUGGAAAUUGUGACAGGGAUACUGGUGAAUGCUUAAAGUGUAUUUAUAACACUGGUGGUUUCAACUGUGAGAGAUGCCUGGCUGGUUUCUUUGGUGAUGCCCUAGCACUUCCCAAGGGCCAGUGUAAAUCUUGUGACUGUUACUACACUGGAUCUUUUGGCAUCGAGUGUGACCAGACAACUGGCCAGUGUGACUGCUUACCAUUUGUGGUUGGACGUCAGUGUGAUCAGUGUGACCAGGGUUAUUGGGACUUAGAGAGUGGCCGGGGUUGCCAACCAUGCAACUGUGACUCAACAGGCUCCACAGCCAUCCAGUGUGAUUACACUACUGGUCAGUGUCCCUGUUUGGAUGGAGUAGGUGGGCCACUGUGUGACCAGUGUCUAUUUGACCAUUAUGGUUUCUCCAGCGCUGGAUGCCGAUCUUGCAAUUGUGAUCGCCAGGGAUCAGCUCAGCUAAACUGCAGCAGUGAUGGUAUAUGUGUCUGCAAAGCUGGCGUAAUUGGGGAGAAAUGUGACAACUGCAGGGAGAACCACUACAAUAUUGCCCUUGGAUGUAUACCUUGCCCAGCCUGCUAUGACUUAGUCCAGGACCGUGUUAGUGCUCAUCGGGACAAGCUGCAGCAGCUAGAGGACCUAAUCAACAAUGUGGGCAAUAAUCCAGAGAUUGUUAAUGAUGCAGAGUUUGAGAAGAGGCUGGCUGAGCUUGAAGAAGACCUUGAUAACACAAUGAUAGAUGCUGAAGAGGCUGCAGCCAUGGAUUCUCAGCUUUCCAAUCAGUUGGGAGACCUUCAGGAUAGCAUAACAGCCCUAAAGGAACAGAUAAGUCAAAUCCUAAAGAACAUUAACAUGGCUGAGGCUGAUUCUGUUGACAGUGCUGAAGAGGUUGCACAAGCCUUUGUCAUGAUUGACAGGGCUAAGAAAGCCCUUGCAGAGGCCCAGGCUUACCUGGACAAUUUUGGAUGGAAGACAUUGAUGGAAUUGAACGACACAGCAAAGAACAUGUCUGAGCAAGCUCUUGAGAUGCAAGAUCUAGCUAAACAAGCCAGGGAUCUAGCUGCAGGUCAGGUACAGCUUGGAGGGGAAAUAGAUGGCACUGCCAGGGAAGCUAAGGCAACAUCUGAAGAAGCCCUAAGGCUGGUCCAAGGCACAGGAGUAGACUCUAGCAUUGAAGAUGAGAUCGGAAAAGUUGAAGCAGACUACAGUGAUGCCGAAGAUAUUUUUGCAGAGGCUAGCCAACUGGCUGAGGAUUCCAAGACCAAGGCAGAUGCAGUCCACAUGGAAUCCACUACACUACUAGCUAAAGCUAAGCAGCCACUACCAACAUAUGAAGGGGAAACAUUGCAUGAAAGUGCUGGUGAUGUCAAGGAAAAAGCCCAAAUGAUCAAAGACAAAGCAGAUGAAGUGAAGGCUACUAACCAGGACUUAUUGGCACAGGUGGAGCAGCAAGCCAAAGAGGCAGCUGCACUUCUAAAUGAUGGCACCAAGGCACAGCAGAAACUUGAUUUACUGAUGGCGAAGGCUCACAGUGCAGAGGCUGAAGCACAAGCUGCCAAGGAUCAGGGGGAAAAGACCUUACAGCAGGCUGAAAAAAUCCUGGAGGACCUCUUAGGAUUCAAUGAGAAAGUGGAGACCAGUAAGAUGAAUGCCAGUGAGGCACUGCUGAGGAUUCCUGAGAUUGAGAUGAAGAUUGAUCAGGCCAACCAGACCUCUAUAGGGGCCCAAGGUACUAUUGAUGAAGCCAAGGAAGAUGCCUUGAAGGCUAGGGAACAGGCUGCUAUGGCUGAGGCUAAUGCUACAAGGGCAUCUCAGGGAGCUGAGAAUAUCAAGGCAGCGGCUGAUGACAUUAACAAGGUAGCCCAGGGACAGAAUGACCGUGCUGAUUCUAUCCAAGGUAAUGCCACACAAACCAUGAUGGAAUUGGGAGCAUUGGAGACCCAGGCAGAUGAUGACUCUCAGCUCAUCCAGCAGGCCCAGAUGAAAGCUAAUGAAGCCAAGCGCAAGGCAGAUGAUGCGACUGCUGCUGUCCAGGAUGCUCUAGAUGAUGUCAGACGAUUGAUGGAUGAACUUAAUGCUCUGAGUCCCGUCGAUCCUAACCGCCUCCAAACCAUCGAAGACGGCUUUAUCAAUGUCAAGCGUACUUAUGAGUUUGACCUUAACAUUGAUCAAAUUAUGCAGCGCCUGCGUGAUGCUGAACAGCAGCAGCAGGGCUGGAUCAACACCUACCAAUUCUCCUUGGAUGACCUUAUUGCUCAGGUGGAGAAUAUACAGGAUAUAAGUAACUCCCUUCCUGACUUCUGUCCUAACUUUGACAGGUUGGAAAACAAUGGUAGGCGUUAAACUCUGGGUUUUUGUGUGGUGAUUAUCUUAGCUGCCUCACCCUAUCUUGAACUCCUUAUUUAAUGUUUGGUUUUAAUUUAGUCUUGUUAUUAACAUUAUUUCCCACGACAGUUCCCCUGAUGAGGUAACAAUUAUCUAAAGUAUGCGUGUUUUUUUUAAAUAUCAUAAAAGCAGAAUAUUUU